CCGCCUCUCGCCGCGUUUUUCCCCCCCGUCCUGCCGGGGCCGUGUGGUAGCGGCCGGAAGGGGCGCGGCGGGCGCCAUGGCGGCGGCGGGGCCCCUGGCGCUGGUGACCAGCUGCGCCCGCGGCUUCGCGGCCCAGGAGCUCGUCAAACGUAUCACAGGAAGAGACGACCUUACUGUGGGUGCUACUACAAGUGGAGGAGUGCAUUUUUACCCUUGGACAAUAGACAAUAAAUACUACUCUGCGGAUAUUCACCUCUGUGUAGUACCAAGCACAUUUCUUGUUACUGGAGAAAUUGCUGAAUCUGUGCAAGCAUUUGUGGUGUACUUUGACAGCUCAAUAAAAUCUGGACUUGAUAGUGUCUCUGAAUGGCUUCCUCUGACAGAAGAGUGGCUACCAGAAGUCAUGAUCCUGGUCUGUAACAGGGUAUCUGAAAACGGUGUUAACAGACAGAAAGCUCAGGAAUGGUGCAUCAAGCAUGGCUUUGAACUGGUGGAACUUAGCCCCGAGGAACUGCCAGAUGAAGAUGAUGACUUUCCGGAGUCCACAGGAGUCAAGCGAAUUGUGCAAGCCCUGAAUGCCAAUGUGUGGUCGAACGUAGUCAUGAAGACUGACAGGACCCAGGGUUUUGGCCUUCUCAGUACAUUAGCAGGGGCGAACUGUAGCAUUGGAUCAGAGGAGAACCAAGAUACAGAAUCCAAUCCCUCAGCAGCAGACAGAGAAGAAUCCCAUUUAGACAACAGAGAAGAUGCAGCUAGCACAAACAACCUGCAGAUUGACAACCACGUAGAUCCCAUGUUAGAUAUGGACAUUCAAGAGCUGGCCAACCUAACCACGAGAGAAGGUGACCUGGAGAACUUUGAAAGGCUAUUUUCAAAGUUGAAAGAAAUGAAAGAAAAAGCUGCAACGUUGCCUCAUGAACAAAGAAAACUACAUGCCGAAAAGGUGGCCAAAGCGUUCUGGAUGGCGAUUGGAGGAGACAGAGAUGAAAUUGAAGGUCUCUCCUCAGACGAAGAAAACUAAGUUCUUCUGUAGCCGUAAGCGACAGAGCGAUCCUAAAAGAGUGAUCUUUUCCUGCAAUAAGUGUUUACUGCAAAUAGCCCCAUUUAGCUGUAAUUGCUCUCUUUGGUUAAAGAAUUCUCCGUAAUCAUUGUAUUAAGUAACACAUUCCGCAACACCUAAUGGUUAGAGUGGCUUUGUCUGAGCGUUCAUUCUCUCUCUCAGAGUUUUAGAAGACAACGUAUGGAGUUAGAGGAAAUUAUAAGUUAGUUUACAUUUUUCAAAUUAACAUUUUUAUUGGUUCCUCUUUUGAGUUUAAAUAAACAAAUUUACAACCAGUUAUCUUUCUACAUAUGGCUAGUGGUUGUUACAUGAGUACUUCAUUCUGAAUUCCACAUUUUAGAUGUAGGCCUGUUUGAUGUCUUUAUGUAGCUUUAUAGCUGACUUACUAGUUAAAACAAACCAGAUUUAUAUGAGCCAUGAAGAGAAAGUUGGUGAAUUGUGCUCUAUUGUGAGCUGCUAUGCCAAGUCUGCCAGGUUAAUCCUGCUGAGUGCCAAAGCUAUUAGAAAUGGCCCAUCGGCUUUGAAUUCUAUUUGCGUUUGUAAGUAUGUGGUCCUUCCGUGAAAGCUCAGGUGUCGUGCCACACUCCCUGGCUUUCCACUAGAAACUAAAUUUGAGAUUAAAUGCAAGACAGAUUUUUGCUGUUGUUCCAGGGGUGAAGUUCCCUGCCCAAACCUUCUGCAGUGCUUGGCCUGCAAGGCCUAGGAGAAUGCGCAGACCUCCUGCUGCUGAAUUCUAGCCUAAACAUCUAAAGAGAGAAGCUGUGAUUUCAAGCACCCCACACUGGCACCCGGUGCAUUUAUUACAGACUCAUGCACCUGAAUAUUAAUUAGAAGGUGUCAGAGUGCAAGUCUCAAAUUACUGCUUCAUUUUAUCAAGGAUUAGAAAAAUUCCUUCAUCCUCAGAAUUAGUCCAUGGCCAUCUUCUACACGGUCGCACAGUGAGACUUACUGGAGAAUGUAAACAAACGUGGCUCUAGGAAAACAAGAAGGAAGGCAUAGGUUGGUGAGGAAGAGAGAAGAGAAAAGGUAGGUGCCACAUCUCCUUUUCUUCUAGAGUCAGCUGUCAGACAGUCAGCAGAUUCCCUGCUGAAGAACCAGACCUUCUCUAGUGCUUGUCAGAUGUACCACGUGAAAUGGCGUGUUUUCCCCAAGAAUAUCUCCUUAUCAGUCGGAAAAUAGGCAGCGUUAAGCAAUUUUGUUUUGAAAAUUUGAAAUUAACUUUUCCAGAGUCUGUUUUUUCAUGUUAGGAAAUGUAGUGAGUCUUAAACCAGUGACUUUCCAUAAAUUAUUUAACAGCAUUAAAUUCUGAAAGCACUUUCACAGUGGUUCUUGACAUUCAUUGCCUGUUCUUUUAAGAUUAAGCAAAGCUAAAAUAAUAGGCUUCUUGGAAUACUGUAAAUCAUGUCCUGGGUAAAAUCUGAAGUGUUUUCAACUCUAAGGAAUAGAAGCCUUAGUAGCCUCAAAAGCUAUAUACAGACUGAGCCAGUGUAAAACACGUACUUUUAAGAAGAAAUGUUCCUUUUACAGGGAGCCACAUAGACAUGCAAGGAACCACACCUACCAGUACCACCUCUUCCCAUCUGCCAGGCCUUGCCAUGACUUUGCCAUCUCCUCCCAUUCGCUCCUGGUUUGUUUGUUUGUUUUUUCCCCAACACAGAGAGCUGUAAUAAAGAACUGAAGGCGGUUCCUUCCAAGUAGGGAACAGUUUUCUGUUUGCUUCUUGGUAGCUGAAGAUUUUUUUUCCUUUCUAAACAGUUGUUGUGCAAUAGAGAUAAAUGGCAAAAGUGCAGAGUAAAUUAAUUGAAUACAGUGAAGAACGUAAUACACUUGAAUACUUUAUAAAAUCAAUUUUAUACGUGUGAUAUACGUGUGAUAGUUUAUUUAAAUUGAAUAAAAUGAUAACAACUAAAUUUUAAGUUUUUUUUUUUCUGCCUGUUUCCAAGGUGCAAGCAGAUAAAUUCCCAUCAACGAUGCCUUAUUCCAGGGUCAGAGUUACCAGUCUGGGCGCAGUCAGCCUGCUACAAAUAGGAGUGAUCGUAACGAGAACAAGUAUUUGAAAGCACAGAGCAGGUGUUGACAGCACAGGCAAGCUUGAUUUAAUCAGAAGUACUCUGGUAUAGUAGGAGGUAGGUCUGAUAGCCACCAUCCCCUAGGGAAGGCUUCUACGAUUGGUAAAACAUUUGUACAGAUAUUUUAAUGCAGAUCUCACUAACAUGCUAUGAACUCUCUGAAACGUUGUAAAUGUCUGUCUCGUUAGUAGAUGCUUUCUGUCCUUUAAGAAAGCACUAUUCAUCAAGGUAGGAGGUGUGGCUGAGAGGUACCGGGGACUGGUUUUAAUGAUCCAUAAAGAUUAUUGUAGUGUAUUUUUAAAGUUUACUUUGCUGGUGGUUUUGGUUCUUCUUUCUGGAGAAGCUUUGCUUCUGGCUGCAGGCGUUCUUUACAAAAUAGGUAUUACAGAAAUGAAUAAAAGGGGCAUUAGUAGAAAUGCAAACCUGAAA